AUGGCUCCUGAAAAAACAGUUCGCAUCGGAUGCUAUAGUGCCUUCUGGGGAGACUCAGUCUCGGCUGCCGAGCAACUGGUCACACUCGAGGGCAAGAACCUCGACUACCUGGUGGCCGACUACCUUGCCGAGGUCACUAUGGGUCUCCUGGCGCGCCACCGCAAAUCAGGUGCGGACCCCAAGAAGGCCAGCCGAGCUGGUCCUGGCGGUUACGUCGGCGACUUUAUUACCUUUGUUUGGAAGCGACUGAUCGAAGACAUCGUCGCCAACGGUACCAAGGUCAUCACCAACGCUGGGGGACUCGACCCCCUCGCACUCAAGGAGGCUAUCGAGCAGAUCGCCGAGGAAAACGGCAUCAAGGGCUUGGUCGUCGCAGCAGUCACCGGAGACGAUCUUCACGAGCGCGCAGAGGAGAUGAACGCCAAGGGCGAAUUGAUCCCCUUCAACUACAUCACCGGUAACAAGGACGAGGUCGACCGUUACCCAGGAGCCGAAAAAAAGAACUUGUCCCUCAACGCCUACCUUGGAGCCGUCCCAAUUGCAGAGGCUCUCGACGCAGGAGCAACCAUUGUCGUCACUGGACGUGUCGUCGACAGUGCUCUUGUUUUAGGACCCCUGUUGCACGAAUACAAGUGGAACCCUAACAAGGACUGGGAUCAGAUGGCAGGAGCAUCGCUGGCCGGACACAUCGUCGAGUGCGGCUGCCACACAACAGGAGGCAACUUUACCGACUGGGAGCUCAGCGCCAACUCGCCUCAUGGAGGAUGGGCCAACAUGGGUUUCCCCAUCGUCGAGUGCAAAUCUAAUGGCGACUUUAUUGUCACAAAGCCAGCCGAGACCGGUGGAUUGGUAACCGUUGCUACUGUGACCGAGCAGCUUGUCUACGAAGUUUUGGACCCUGGCUCCUACAUCCUCCCCGAUGUGAUCUUGGAUCUCCGCAAUGUCAAGGUCUCCCAAGUCGGCAAGGAUCGUGUCUUGGUCACUGGCGCCAAGGGAAGACCCCCAACACCCUACCUCAAGUGCUCCGGCAUUUAUGUUGAGGGCUACAAGAUCACCGCCGAUCUUUGGAUUGGUGGCAUUGAUGCCAGACGCAAGGCUCUUGCGGUUGGUGAUGCUGUUGUCAAGCGCGCCAGAAAGAACCUAGAGAAGUUCGGCAUUGAGGACUACACCGCCGUCCGCGUUGAGGCCCUUGGAGCUGAAUCUUCAUAUGGACCACAUGCAACUGCCAUUGAUUCGCGUGAGGUCUGCUGCAGAAUUACUGCUGUCCACCCUGAGAAGCACGGCUUGCUUCUUCUCGGAGUCGAGCUGGCCCCUAGUGCUACGGGCAAUGCCCCCGGAAUCACUGGAGGUGGAGGCGGACGUCCCCACCCAAGCCCAAACAUGACGCACUACUCCAUCCUUGCUCCCAAGGGUGCCAUCCCCGCCAAGCUGACCAUUGGCACUGGGGACAAGCUGAUCCAAAAGACCAUCCCCUUCACUGGCCCUAGCGAUGUCAAGAACGAAUACCCCCCUGUGCUUCCCGCCGCACCCUUGCCCGCCAAUGCCUCGGAAGAGACUGUGUUGGUUCCUCUGAUCCGCAUCGCCUAUGCCCGCAGUGGUGACAAGGGUGAUACUGCCAACGUCGGCGUGAUUGCUCGUGAUCCAAAGUUCUAUCCUUAUAUCAAUCAGCAGUUGACCGCCGAAUCGGUCAAGGAGUACAUGGCCCAUCUUGCCCAGGGCAAGGUUGCCCGCUAUGAGCUCCCUGGCAUCCAGGCCCUCAACUUUGUCCUCACCCGCAGUCUGGGAGGUGGUGGUCUGAGCUCGCUGAACCUGGAUCGCCAGGGCAAGUCCUAUGGACAGAUGCUCCUCAGCUUCAAGGUCAAGGUCCCCAAGGGCCUCUUGUCCUCCCUGUAA